CCGUCCGUGACGUUUCGUUGGUCGACGGCCCAUCGGAUUAAGUGCACAUUGCUGGCAUUCUCUGCCGUUCAUGCAUGAGGAAUCGCCGAACCCGUGUUUCUAGCGUGCGGCAUGGAUUGCACGGUGUUCAACAUCGAUUUACCCAAGAUCAGAGGGAGCUAUCCCCGCAGGUCUUUUCGCAUUUGAAAUUGACAGAACGUUUCUCUUCUAUCAUCUAUCCUGCGUGGCGCUCACCUGCAUCUGCGCUCCUGCAAGUCAUUGAACAAUGGGUUCCUCGUACGACAGCUCAGUCGUUGUGCCCAAGGAGGCCAGCACAACAUCACAUCGUCAUCAGGACAGCUUGGAGUACGCAGAGACUGGCGAUGAGUAUCACAGUUCUAUCCAGGGCCACACGAGGGCCGACAACCGCGACAUGGCUCGCAUGGGAAAGAUCCAAGAGCUGAGGAGAAAUUAUCGCCCGUUGUCAGCGCUCGCGUUCACGGUCAUUCUUCAAGGUGUAUGGGAAGUCCUCCUAACCGCCACCUACCAAGGCCUUCUUGAUGGUGGCCCAGCAGGUCUGAUCUGGAGUUUCGUCUGGACAUGGUUCGGCUUUAGCAUGGUCAUGUUGUCCCUUGCUGAGAUGGCCUCCAUGGCGCCGACUGCUGGCGGUCAGUACCACUGGGUUUCCGAAUUCGCUCCUGCUUCAUGCCAAAGAUCUUUGAGCUACUUCACCGGAUGGAUGUCGACCCUCUCAUGGCAGGCCGGUACAGCAUCCGGUCCCUUCCUGGUCGGAACUUUGAUUCAGUCCUCAGCCACCGUCAUGUAUCCCGACUACGAAGCCACUAACUGGCAAGGCACCCUCAUGGUCAUUGCCGUUACCAUUCUGGUCUGGGCGCUGAAUGUCUACGCCUGCAAGGCCAUGCCUCUGUUCCAGAACGUCAUGCUUAUGGUGCACGUCUUUGGUUUCUUGGCUAUCAUCAUUGUCUUCUGGACUCUGAACCCUAGGAACACCGCCGAGGUCACCUUCACCCAGAUCACCAAUGGCGGCGGCUGGAGCUCAACUGGUCUGUCUCUAAUGGUCGGACAGAUCUCCGCCAUCUAUGCUUGUAUCUGCUCUGACGGUGUCGCGCAUUUGGCUGAGGAGGUCAAGGAUGCUGGAAAGACUGUUCCCAGGGCUAUGAUCAACGCGUACCUCAUGAACGGUGCUAUUGGUCUUGUCUUCUUGAUCAGUUACAUGUUCAUGAUCACUGACCUUGACACUGCUCUCAAUGAUCCCUCUGGCUAUCCCCACAUGUGGGUCUUCGCUCAGGCAGUCAGCCCCGGUGGUGUUGUUGCUCUCAACGCCAUCCCCACCGUCCUCAUUUUUGCCGGUACCUUGACGUACAACCUGUCCACCUCUCGCCAGACAUGGGCCUUCGCUCGUGAUAACGGCCUACCCUUCAGCAACUGGAUCGGUAAGGUUGACAAGAAGCUCGACAAUCCCGCCAACUCCGUUACUUUCACCUGCAUCAUUACUAUUCUCCUCUCUCUUAUCAAUAUUGGAUCCGACACGGCCUUCAAUGCUAUUAUCUCUCUCAACGUGGUCUCCCUUAUGAUCACAUAUGUCUUCUCCAUCGGCUCUGUUCUCUACCGCCGUAUCACCGCACCUCAGACCCUCCCUGUUUGCGCCUGGUCCCUCGGCAGAUGGGGUAUCCCUGUCAACCUCGCUGGUGUCCUCUACGCCUCGCACGCCUUCUUCUGGUGCUUCUGGCCCGAUAGCACGCCCACAACUCUCGAGUUCUUCAACUGGGCGUCUGUUAUGUUCGUUGGUGUUGCUUUCCUCAGCAUGGUUGACUACGUCCUGCGCGCCAGGAAGUACUACAAGGGUCCCGUUGUGCUGGUCGAGGGCUGGAAGGGCGAGUAAUAGAAGAACUUGCGCUGCUCUGAAGAGUAACAGCAGUUUUAGCUGCUUAAUAGAAUUAUUUCUGUAGAUAAACGAUACUGAAUAUGUAUCUUGAAACAUGUAAUAGAGCGUUCG